UAGCACAGGUAUGGCAAUGGCGACGUGGCAAGCGAAAAGAUAGAAAAUUUUGGAAAAUUCGUCCAAAAUAUUGUCGUUUUAGGAUUCAUGUGAAAUUCUUACUGACGUAAAGUUGUCAUGGGUUUAUGUAAAUGCCCCAAGAAGAAGGUUACCACCCAAUUUUGCUUCGAACAUCGCGUGAAUGUUUGUGAACACUGUCUUGUUUCAAGUCACCCCAGGGUAAGAAACAAGAUGCAAUAUAAUGUUUUUAGUUCAUAUUCAGGAGGAAUCAUCAAAAAUAUGUAACGAUGAUGGGUAUUUUAGGGAUGAUUUGUUUUUGGUUGUGACAUGCAAUUGGUAAGAGAUAACAAGCGGUUUAUUUCCAUUUAGAACCAGAUAAAUGUGAUUGUUUUUGUUAAACUCGUUUAAUUUGCUCUGCAUGUGCCAUCGACAGUUACUUUCUUGAAUAUGCAUUACAUUUAUGUACACUUCUGUUGGUAAGUUACAAAAAACAAAAAGGAUUAUGAAUGAAUUUUACAAGUUAGUUAAACUAAGUUUUGCUGACGUUGAUUGUAUAAGGAUUUGGAAGACCCCUAAGAUUCCCAAAACCUCAGAAGACAGAGCCACCUUGAAACAUCUCUUCGAGCAUCAAACAUUAAACUAUCAUGUGUUUCCUUGUUCUUGUAGCAUUUCUAUAAUUUCUGUUUUUCCUCAAGCAUAAGGCUAUGGCAUUAUUCCUCAUUUUUAAAAACAUACUAAGAUAACAUCAGUGGCCUUACAAUCUGUAGUUUUCUUAAUAAUAAUAUACUUUACUUCUUUGUGAUAGCUCUAGCAUACUUAUUGGAAUUAUAUCUCAUUUCUUCUAUUUUUUUUUUCUUAUGUGAUCAAGUGUAUUGUGAAGUCAUAUCUACACUGGCUCCAGGACAGUGAUUAUAAUCCAGUCUGUACUUUGUGUAAUGGAAGUUUAGCUGAGGGAGAUGUUGUUCGAUUAAUUUGCUUUGGUGAGUAACCAAGAUUUUGGUGUCUUUAUUAUAUUUGUAAAUAUCAUACCAAAUGUAGAAUACACCUAAAUAAUUUGCUCUUCUUGCUCUGAUAAGCUAGUAGGAUAUUCCCUUUAGGAAUCAAUGGGGCCAAUUUGAUUUAUUGUUUUGUUUGAUUAAAACUUAAGACAUGGCAACUCAGGUACAUUGUUGUAUCUUUCACGCAAAGUACAUGAAUAUGCAUUUGAAUCCAAGAAAAUGUGAAAGUUUCUGCUGGCAGAGGUAAUUUUUCUCAAAAACUUGCUUUGAUUUGUUAUGUGUAUAGUAAGUACAAUUCUCAAGUGGACAUGGAUAUACCUCUAUGUUAUCAAAGCUGUAGUGAAAGUUCCUUCUGCAUAUAAGGUGCAUUCUGAUUUGUUUUCCCACAGUUAAAUCAUUUUGGCCUUCAGAUAAAACAAGAAACUAACAGGUCCCUUGCCGUUGUACUUCUUAUAAGGAAUUUUCACUUGAAAUUGCUUCCUGCCUAAGUGUGAUUUGGUUAUGCCCUCCUUGAUUCUAAGUGGGCCCUACUUCAAACUGAGCCAUAAAGCUACAUGUUCGGAGGAAGGCAAAUUCUUGGAGGUUCUUUGUUUCUUUAAAGGGUUUUGCUCACCCUUAAAAUAGAAAGUCAAAUAUUGACUUGCAGGUGAUUUGCAAGUUACAAAAUGAUCACUUAUGGUAAACAACAACAAAAGAAAAAUUAAAAUUUGCUUCUUACCCAACUUGUGGCUUCAUACUGCAGUUGGUAGUAUCUCCUGACUGGUAUCGAGGAGGCAUUGACUCAAUUCCCUUCAGACUGAGAGCCAAGUAUGUUUGUGUUGUUUAGUUUGUGGAUAUCUUUUUCCAGUGUUUCAGUCUAUGUAUUUCUCCUUAGAUGUAUUCCACUGGGCUUGUCUUAACAGUUAUGCUGCAAGCCUUCCAACAAACACUGCUCCAGCUGGUUACUCUUGUCCCAACUGCAAGGUGCGUCAUGUGUAACAAUAAUCAAAUCUUAAUUAUGAAGGAGUAGAUGCAUAUUCUUCUCUCCUUGAUUGGUAACACUAUGUAAAUGUAAAUUUGCAAGAAGCAGCUCUCAAAGAAUCUCAGUGAUAUGCUGUCUCAUAUCAAAAAGCAGCAUUUACUCUCAGCCAAAUGAACAAUAUAAAAUCUCCUGAAACCAGAAACAAGAAGGGUUGCAUAACCUUGCAUUUACCAAGGCAACAAAGCUGUUUCAAUACCCACAAAGAGUUCAACUUACAAAGUUUUCCCUGGCUUUUUUCUCAGUGAAUCAUAGGUGCAAUUUUGUUUGAAUAAACUGUGACUUUUCUUCUGCAGUCAACAGUGUUUCCUCCCGAGAAUCAAAUUUCUCCUGUUGCUGACCAGUUGAGACAGAUGUUGGCCACUGCACCAUGGGCCCGUGUUGGUCUUGGGCUUCCUGUGGUUGGUUCCUUGGUGUUUGUUGUCACUUUUUUUGGUCCUUUUACCACUUGAUAUAAAAAAUGAUUGGAACCAUUUGUCUGAUAUUUUACUGAUUCUCUUUUCGACUGUGAACUUGCCAGGUACCUUCCACCAGCUCAACAAGCACCACAGCCUCUGAAAGUAUUGUGUCAAGACAUGAAGCUGAUAUUGGUAAGUGUUAUCAGCAAUUGCAUUGCUUAAUUCAAGGAAAUCUCUUCUUUCUCAUUGUGUCAAAGCAGCAUUCAAAUAAGUAUUUCUUUGCUUUCUGGAAAGUGUGAGGUCUUAUCAAGAGAUCUGCAAAGGGUUGAGCACUGAUAAUAAUUCCCAUAUCAGCAAACCUCUCAAAGACUCAUCUCAAAUCUUCUCCUGGGUAGGAGAAUGAAGGUCAGCUCACAGGUGAAAAAUUGCAUACCUUUGGGUACCUUUCAAAGCAUGAGCAUGUGACUGCCUGGUCAUCAUCUAACAAGCUAUUAAGUAACUUUGUCAUAGUUUUGAUACAGGGUAACUCUUUUUUUUUUUUUUUUUUUUGGUUUGAAAGCUUCCAAACCAGUUUCAUUUUUUAAAUUUUCCUCUGCAUUUUUCAACAAAACUUAACACGAAGGAAAAUUGAAAUAAAAAUGAUGUGAAAAUGUAUACCACAAGGCAUACUGGUACAUAUAUGAUGACAGUUAGUUAAGGUACCUGGCCAGGAGAAAAUCGAAUAUCAAAAUAACAGAAUAGUAGCUUGUGAUGGAUGUUUCCAUUCUCUGCAUGCUAUUUUGUUUUCAUGCUCACAAUUCUUGACUGAAUGAAUUGUUAGUUGUCAGGUAAGUUCCAUGGGCCAGGUUGUUCAAAAUGAUUUGAGUGCUACUGAAUGUUGAGCAUGGACAGGUCAGAUGUAUUUAACAGCAAAACCUUUAGUAGUGCCUUGCCAUAAUCUUAACUUUUAGAAAUCUUUCUCCUUCAGUCACCAGUAGUAACCAUGUUCCCUGUAUUACUUGAUCCAUUGUGCGGGAAAAAGAUGUCAAAAUUUUUUUUAAAAUUUAUAUACUGUACAUAUUUCUCAUCAGUUGCUCAAAUGUCAGACAGUCAGAGAAUGGCACCCACUCAUGAAAAAAAAGACCAUACCCUAAACUCUACUUCACAUACAGCUAGUCAGUCACCUCCAUACACCACCCCACUGAGUACUAAAACAGAACUGCGAUCAACCAGAGAUCAUCAUGUAGUAGAUGUGCGACAACAGAACACUAUGGUACCACCCCCACAGCAGUCUUAUGCACAUGGUGACAAGCCCAGUGAGUUCAACUUUUUUUCCUUAAUGUUAUUAUGACCUUUGUUGGUGUAACAGAGGAAGUAGAUGUAGCAUAGUGCUCCAAGCUGCAGCUUUUUUGUUGCCAUGGCAUGUAAAACCAUUUCAGCAGAAGUUACCAAUUUGGUGAACUGCGUUUGGUGAUCAUUUUGUAAGCUGUUUUAAAAUGUUUAUUACUUGGUUUGUACUUUAAGCCAAGUGCUAAAAUGAGAUAAAUAUUUGGAAAUACUACUGUUGUUGCUCUCAGUGUCACCUUUUUCUCCUUGGUUGUCCAAAUAAUCAACCUUCUGAUGCCAUGUGGUUUACAUUAGUAUUGCAAACAGUAGGGCACAAAACAAAUGUUUGCUACCUUAACUCUUAAACUCCUAGGAAUAAUUAACACUGAACUUCUUCCUUUUAUGUCCAUACAUUAUUUGGCAAACAGGAAAUGAGAAUACUCAAAGUCAUCAGGUAGAAGUUGUUAUCUUGAUCUAACACCAAAUUCUCAUAACUAAUUUACAAGCAAAUGUUUAGCAGCUAGAGGGGGGGGGAUUAACAAUCAAAUCUUGGGAGUUAUAUUGAGUUACAGAAAAGGUUUCAUCAGGAGUAAGAAAUGAUUUAAACUAUUUUUACAAGGUUCGCACAGGUCCUGGAAAACCUUUUUAUUUUGACAUUUUCUAGGACUGUAAAGUCCUAGAAAAAGACUAUAGAUCCUGGAAAGUCCAGGGAAUCUGCUUAACUCAAGCAAUAAAGUUUUCAGAAUUUACGUUAUAAGAAAUUUAUGUAGACCGUAAGGAGAAUUAAUUUUGAAAUCUUGGGAAUGAAAAGGGUCUAUGGUGAAAUUUGGAGCCCUUAAAAAUCAAUCUGAGUCCUGGAGAAGUCCUUGAAAUUUGUUUUUGAAAAAGGGUAGGAACCCUGUUUUUAGUGACUCUGAUGAGAUAGGUAACGUUCCCACUGUUUUUCAGGCACAGUGUCAAGGAAGAUAUUCAACACGAAGGAGCCAGUAGACAGUAUCCCGUAUGAUCAUGAUGAAAAUAAAUACCAAAGGAGAGGUGCCAUCGAUUGGUUCACGAGAUGGUUUUGGUAAGCAACUUUAGAAUUCUUCAAAUGAUCACACAGUGAUAAUGAUAUACCGCAGCCAAAACAUUCGUUCCAAGUUGACAAGGAUAGUCCUGCUACAUAUUGGUUGGAAGGACUGGUAGUAGCAGUGAAUUCAGCGCUCCAAGCUGGGAACUUUUUGGUCGCCAUUUAGAGUAACAACAAAUUUAGGCAGCUAAAUUUACAAAGAAAGUCGCCCAGUUUGUCGGUCUGUGUUCGUUGGUCUUGAAGCCAGGUAUGAUGUUUCUAUCUAUCUUUGCAUGGUCGAAAGUUUAAUUGAGAGAACCAUUUGCAUGCAAGGCAAUCAGUGCCUUGUCGUCGUCUUUUAUAUUAAGAUGUGAAAAAGAAAAAAGAUCGCGACUGAUUGAUAAUUCUGGCGGCUAUGUUAUGAUAAAACAUAGGAUGUAAAUGCUGCCUUUGAAAAGAGUUGCGCUUAGAGCCUUGGUGGCAGGCAAUUAUCGUGCCGUGAGGAAGAGUAUGUAACUGCUUGUGAUCUAAUGUUAUAUGAUUCAGAGUCAAGCUCCUAGUUCAUGUAUCAGCGCUUUAAUGAAUCGUUAUCAAUGUUAUACUUUUGCUUUCCAGGUCUCGUCGACCCAAAAAGCCUGGACCUGAGGAUCCAAACGCCUCCUUAAAACGAACCACAGUAUUACUGAUCCUGUUUGUUCUGGCCUUCACUACUGUUGUGGUGCUUUUUACACGAGUUGGACGGGGAAUGGCUGAUAAGGACCCGUUUCUUGACCCGAUGGCAAAUCCCAACAUAAGAGUUCAAGGUGGUAGGAUAAAAAUCGCAUAGGAUGCAACUCUCAUGUAAAAAUAAAUGGUCCUUAAUCGUAUUCUGUUUAAGAACAGAGAAGAAACGCAUGGUCUCUGCUCAAAGGACUCGUUAAUAACCGUAAAUUUAAGGCCGAGUUUUUAAACAAUUAGAAUGCGAAUGAUUUCAGUAUGAAAUGCGCAAGCUGGCGUCCUGUAGGCAAUAAAUCCUGAAGGUGCAUGUAUGUUGUACAUUUUUUACCCAUGUUUGCAACGUGGAGGUGUUCCCGGCUUCAUUUUGUGCGCGCACCGUCUUCGAAGGCCGCUGUCGUCUCUGUUCUAGUAACUAAGAGGAGAGUUCCCAGGAUGUUAGGAAUUUACAUAUACCCAGAGAGGCUACCUUGUGUUACAUUCCCUCUUCUCGUCCACUCUUAUGACUCUCGAGUAGUAUCGGGUAGAACAAAUAAUAAAGUACUUCUUAGUUAGAGCAAAAAAUUACGAGUGAAAAUAAAAUUAUUAAAGAUAUAUUGCCGUAAGGUAUCAUUAAUUGUUAAGAAAUGCAGUGAAUUUGCUUUGAUUGAAGCCAAGUUCGACAGAGUCGUUUUUAAUUUUACUCCGUAAAUUCCCAGCUUGUAAUUCCCCCUACAACAGAAAUUGUGUAGUAUUUAUCCAGUUAAGAGUCGUUGAAAGUGUCUACCUUCCCGAACAGAGGGUAAUAACUACAGUGUAAGUAAUCUGAG